AUGCUCAUACCGGCAGGAAACCACAAGAACUACACAGGAGCAGCAACCAAUGGAACCAAGUGGAUAGCGUGGUGUUCCAACCUUGCGAUCUACGUAGCCGCGAUCGAUUCAUGGCAGAUCAAGCACAUCAUUGCGCAUUACUUGAAUGCGAUCACCUCCUUCGAGUUCAGUCCCAACGCCGAGGACCUGCUCGUUUGUACCUCCCUUGACAACGUAGUGACGAUCUGGAACGUGUCUACGGAGGAGGGCCUGUAUUCAUUGAAGCUCGACAGCGCUCCGCUGCAAGCCCAGUGGUGCAAGACUGAGCCUGACAAGAUCUCCAUCUACACAGAAAACGGGAUCCUCAGGAUAUGGAACUUCAUGGACGAUGUUGUACAUGUGUACAAAGAUGUGAACCACAGCUCUGUAAACGUGCUUCGGUGGAGCAGCAAUGUGCUAGGGGCGGCUCUGGUGUUGGCGGCAGGGCAUGCAGACUCGAGCAUCUCCUUUGUGGAUGUGACGCAGAAGCGAGUGAAAAGGUUGAAGUGCCAGGACAAGAGCAACGGGGGCCACGAAGGGGGAGUAAACGACUUCAAGUGGGAUCCACUGUCAACCUCCUAUGGCAUCGCCGCGUUUGGGUCAGGAACGCUGUCCCUCAUCGACUAUGAGAAGAUGGAGCAGAUCAAGACCUUUGAGAAGUCGCCAGGAGGUAUCAAGUGCGUCGAAUGGAACAAAAGCUCCCCGGGAACGUUCUUCACAGUCUCUGGUACACAUGCUUCAAUGCGCAUGUGGAACGUCUCGCAGCACGUUCCCCUGCAGAUCUUCAAGCUCGGGUACUACGGCUUCAGAAGCAUCAGCAUGCUCCCCAACGGUUCUCAGCUGCUUGUGGGAGGAGCAGAGGGGGACGUGGGGGUUUUCGACGUGAGCAAGAAGAAAUGGGUUCAUCAAUUUGAAGUCGGUCACUCGGAGACGAUUUUCGCCUGUGAGUUUGCACCCAAUAACAAGAAUAUCCUCGCGACAGGAUCGUUCGACGGAGUGAUCAAGCUCUGGGAUGUCACGACGUUCCGCUGCAUAGCGACGAUGAAGCCGCAGGGGGGGGGAACGCUGGGGAUCAUCUACUCCCUGGCCUGGUCGUCCCUUCCGGACGAUCAUCGGAUCGCCUGCUCAACCUCUCAAGGAUAUGUCCACAUCUUCGAGACCGAGGGGAAGAGCAAGGGCGCGCUGGUCCUGCAGAGGAAGAAUCACAAGGGGCUAGUGUACUGCGUGGGAUGGAGCCCCCACCGGGACCUCUUAGCCUCGGGAGGAGAAGAUGGAUACUGCGUGCUAUACCACCCCCAGCCUGACGAGUCUGCGUCGCCGAGCUGGAUGGGGAAGGGACUGAAGGAACCACACGCUCCAUCCCCACUGCUAUCCACCACAUGCCUGGACUGGGGGGUUCGGCUCUUCGACGUCCAAGACCCCGCGAACUACCAGAAGCUCAAGGAGUUCCGCCACCACUCAGCCAAGGCCUUCAGCGUCAAGUUCAGCCCCCUCGUCCCCGGCCUGCUCGCCUCAAGCUCGGACGACUGCAGAGUUGCGGUGUGGAGAGUGGAGGAGGAGAAGAAGGUGGUUGUUCUCGAGGGCCACACGAACAAGACCCGCGCCCUCUCCUGGCACUAUGAGAUCCCCUUCAUCCUCCUCUCCGGCAGCUGGGACGGAUGCAUCCGCGUGUGGGACAUCCGAGGGUCGGGCUCGUGCCUGCUCGUGGUCAUGGACCACCAUGCUGACGUGUACGGGUUGAGCUCGCACCCUGAGCGGCCCUUCCUCUUCGCGUCCUCCUCCCGGGACACUACCCUCCGCUUCUGGUCAGCAGAGCAGCUCACACCCAGCAUCCACCUCCGCGCCGUCGUCUCCAACGACUGGCGGGGGGAUGGGAUCGCCGGCCCGUUGCCGGCCAAUCUUGAAGAGCAGGACGCUACGUGUCUGUGUGGGUCAGGAGCCGCAAAGCUGGCGGAGCAGCUGGGGGCGUGCAAGUCUGACCUGGAGCGGUGGGCGUUGAAGUGCUCCUUUCUCCUCUUCCCCGACGGCGUCCAAGAGCUCUUCUGCAUCAUGGACAACAGCGAGUCGAGAGUUCCCCUCCUCGUCGACAACAGAGUCAUGCAUGCCAAGAGCAUCUUGCCGUGGCUGCUGAGGAAGGCGCAGGAGCUGGAGCAGGCGCGCGGAGGGUUCGCAGGCAUAGGAAGGAUGACACGUAACGAAGCAAUGGUGAAGGCAGCGAACAUUUACGCGAGGAUCGGGUACAUGCGGCAGUACUGCGACCUGAUGGUGGAAGCUGGUGAGAUCGAAAAGGCGCUGCUGGUUGCUCCUGCCGUCUCCCUCUCCUACUGGCAGGACCUUGCCAGGAAGUAUGCCGGGAUGAUGGCGGAGCGUCAGGAGGCUGACUGUGUUCCCCUCCUUGUCGCCAGCGGACAACACGGGAAGGCUGCGGAGUUUCUCGUUUCACACGCUGAGGAUCUGGACUCCGCGCUGGCCAUCGCACAGGCAAACUGCGAGCACGGGUACGAGCGGAUAGCAAGAGCGAUCCAUGCAAGCUCGGGUCAGGAGGAGCAGGAGACUGGCAAGGCCCUUCCCACGCAGGAAUCUGCAGAGGAGAGGCUUGAGAUGCGGAGAGAGACUGUGAAGAGCAUGAAGAUGAGGUACAAGUCCCAGGGUCAACCCGUCCUUGCAGCAUGCGUGCAUCUAGCGAUCGGAGAGGACGAGGAGGCGCUGAAAGUUCUGGUGGACGCGCACGAGCUCGAGCUUGCCAUCGCUCUGUGUACGCUGGUUCGAGCAAGUGAAGGACUACGACAUGGCGUUUCAGUGCCUGCAGCGAUGCAAGGGCAACGAGAAGGAGGAGGUGGAGAGGAUGAUUGUGCGGUCGAGCUGUGA